GGGGCCCUGGUGGCGCUGUAUGCGGGGGCCGCGCCGUUCCUGGCCCCGGCGCUGAGGAAGGUCUGCCUGCCCUUCGUCCCUGCCACUGCCACGCAGGUCCGGAACGUGCUGAGGAUGCUGGAGAACAGAAGUGGCUCCCUGGUUGACAUUGGUAGCGGGGAUGGGCGCAUUGUAAUAGCAGCUGCAAAAAGGGGAUUCAAAGCUGUUGGUUAUGAAUUAAAUCCCUGGCUAGUCUGGUACUCCAGAUACCGUGCCUGGAGAGACGGGGUACAUCAGAACACCAAAUUUUGUAUUUCAGACUUAUGGAAGGUUUCUUUUUCCCAUUAUACGAAUGUUGUUGUUUUUGGGGUACCUCAAAUGAUGCCACAGUUGGGGAAGAAGCUAGAAGAAGAACUUGAAUGUAAUGCCAGAAUCAUUGCCUGUCGUUUCCCUUUCCCUUGCUGGAUCCCAGAUCAUACUACUGGAGAGGGAAUAGACACUGUGUGGGCCUAUGAUUUGAAACAUUCUAGAGGACAUGAAACAAAGAUCUUGGAAGUUACACCAGAGACAGAAUUCUAA